AAUGGAAAAACUUAUUCAUUCGGGUAAAUUGAGUCAUAAUUUUAAGAAUAAAUCGACCAACCUUGAAUUUUCAACAUGUUCAGUGACUUACAAUUAGUCGAGGCCAAAGAGAGUGCACAGUCAUUCCUUAUCAUUGCUUAUCAAGAAUACACAUGCACUCGCACAGUCGUGGCUUCUUUUCAAAAGGUCUUCGUGUAGGCGCUACUUUGCGGUUCAAAUAACAGUUUCAAAAUACUAUUCAUAUCAAGAUCAUGGCUGAUUUUCGAUUGAAAGAGGUGCCGUUGGAAAAUAUUCCAAAAUUUCUUGAAGUUCUUGAAAGUAAACUUCCUGACACGGUGGUGCCACACCAAUGGAUUAAGAUACAGAAAAAUUGGGAAAGACAUAUUCCUGGCCUGAAAGUUCGUAUUUUCACCGUGAACGGAGACUGGAGGGAUGGGUCUGCAAUUUGCUUGGCUGAUGGACCUGAAGGAAAUAAAAUGCUUGCAGCCAUUUACGCAACAGAGGAAGGUCAAGAGGCACUUAAAAACGCUGCUAUUUCUACAAACUUAAUUGAUUGGAAGCGGAUUAAGAUCUUUUACGCUGUGCUGGAGCGAAAUGUUCCGAUGUUAAGAGAAAUAUUGACAAAUAAAGGAUGCAAACUCUACGGUGACAUCGAAAAAAGAUGCUUCACGUUUUACCUUCCUUCAGAGAAAGCGAUGGAUUACCAGCUACCCCAGCUACCAGAAAACGUCCGUGUAGGGCCACUAGGAGAGCAACAUUUGCAAAUCCUGUGCGAAAAUUGGCCCAUCUUUGACGAAGAAUACACGCCAUACGUGUUGAAUACGAUAAAAUUGAACCUGACGGUCGGCGUUUUCGUGAAAAAUAGCCGAGGAGAAGAGGAACUCGCUUCAAUGGUCAUGCACAGGGAGAGUGGCGAGGUCGGGCUUUUGCAGACUGUUCCUGAGCACCGGAGAAAGGGUUACGCGGAGAUUGCGUUGGCCCACAUUAUCAAGCUCAUAGGGCAAAAAGGAUUAGUGCCGUUUGCAACCGUAAUUGUUGAAAACAAAGCAUCGAGGGGUCUAUUUGAAAAGAUGAAUUUCGGGGUGCAGGGCAUGUCAGCAGAUAUUGAUGUCAAGGAAUAAUGUAAAUCUCAAAAUACCAAGAAAAUACUUAAUAUUUUAUCAAUUUCGUAGAUAUGUAUUAAAUAGGUUUUUAUAGAAAACUAAAUCGUUUUA